CAAAUCUUGUAUUACAAGACACAAUAGAACGAAUCUACGUUGGUGACGCGUAUGGGGAUAUUCCUCGGGGAAUCUUUAUUAUUAGAGGAGAGAAUGUAGUUCUAUUGGGAGAAAUUGAUUUAGACAAAGAAGAUGAAUUACCUCUCCGACAAGUACCUGUAGAGGAGAUCCUAUUAGCACAACGUGAAGAAAUAGAAGCAAGACAAAGGCGAGAAAAGCUUAAGAAUAAACUAUUACAUGAUCAAGGAUUUAGUGUAGAUUUUACAGAAACAGAUUUGUAUUAA